AUGACGAUGUUGAAGCUUUUUGGAAUCAUCUUUUUCUGUGGCCUCCUCUCACCCUCUCAAGAAGUCUCAUCUGGUCUGUCCUGCGCUGUCAGUGCAGGGGCAAUAGAGAGUGUUCUCUCGGAUAACAUGCUUGACAACGGGCUUCUCCAGCAGCACCUCCAGGGCCUUGUGCUCCCAAACAUCAUGGGUGACGGGGGCCUGCUGAGCUCUCCCACCAGCAUCACUGGACUGCACCUUGUCAAGGUUUGGCUCCCCAAGCUGUCAGUGGUGCUGCUGCCAGGAAUCGGGGUCCAGCUGACCAUCACUGCAAAGCUGGGGCUCAGCGGCGACUGCUUGCUUGGCCUUUUCUCAGAGAUAAUUGAUAUCUUAGUGGAUGUGAACAUCACUGCAAACAUUAAAUGCAAAAAUUUUGAAUCAGGCACAGUCCAGGUCAUCAUUGAAGACUGCCUCUGCAUUCUUGGUGCUGCAAAGAUCAAGCUCCUUUCUGGUUUACUGUCCCUGUCAGUAAAUGAGAUUGUGCUUAAGCAGCUGACAGUCACUCUGCCCACUUUGCUGUGUCCAGUGGUCGACAUUGUCAUGAAGCUUGUGAGCAUCCAGCUCAUGGGCACUUUCAAUGCUGUGAUCCCAGUCGCUACGGCAGGGACCAUCCACUACCAGUUGGCCCGCCUCCCGUUUACCUCUGACUUGUCCCUCGGCUUGGAUUUAGAUGGUGCAGUGAAGCACGUGGGAGGCAGCAUCAUCCCCCAUGACUCGUCCCCCUCCCCUCUGCCUCCGCUGCUGGACAGGCUUCUGGUCUUGGGGAUACACCAGAACUUUCUCAGUGCAGCCCUGACCCUCCUGAUCCAGCUACCGCCACAGACCUUCACCUGCUCACCAGAAGUCGUGAGUGCAGCCGCACCUGUAGCCACCUCCACGUGUCCCUGAUUCCCACAGUGCUCUGCCUGCCAUGGGACCAGUCCUCUGGGCAUUACACUAACAUUGUCUGGGAACCCACUCAUCCUCUUGGAAGAAAACAAAGCCACUGUCGAGCUUUUGGUCAUGAUUCAGGUGUUCGUUAAGCAUUUAGAUGGACCCAUCCUCAACCUCCUGCUGCUGAAGGCCGACCUCAGUCUAAAUGCCCACAUAUCAAUUGUUGGAGGCAGACUGGUGCUGGGUGUGUCCCUGGCUGGCAUUUCCCUCUCCUUGGAGUCUUCUGAUGUUGGCAUCAGUAGCAUCUCAAACCUGAAGCCGCACUGCAGUGAUCUGCUGGUGCAAACACUGUUGCCCCUUGUCAACGGUGCUCUGGGCGUCGGGAUCCCUAUGCCAAACAUGCUGGGCAUUCCCUUAACAAAGGUGGAUAUUCAGAUACUGCUGGGCCUGCUGGUGAUUUUUGUCUGA